AUGCCAUCAAGGCGAGCCCUCAUCAUUGCCAGUCCGUUUGAAGGGCUUCGCGGGACGCUCAACGACGCAAAGGACAUGGCAGGGGCGCUCCAAAACCACGGGUUCGACAUUACCGAGUGCUACAGCUCGAGUGCGACUCGAUCUGGCAUCCUGGAAGCAUGGAAGCAACUCAUAGCUGCAACUCGUCGAGGGGACUCGGUCGUCAUCUACUACUCUGGCCACGGCGGGAUAGUCCAAGCGCCCGAAAAAGACAAGAGCACGCAGGAAAAGGGGGCUAGAUGGCGUUGCCAGUUCCUUGUGCCAGUCGACUACGACCAGACAACGGAUGACGACUUUCGCGGGAUCCUGGAUGUCGAGAUAUCAUACAUGCUUCGGGACACGACCAACAAGACGCCAAACGUGACCAUCAUCCUCGACUGCUGCCACUCCGGGAGGCUCUUCCGCGCUCCGGGCUAUGGAGACCAGGCCCGGCCAAAGAACCUGCUUGAUGUACAGUACCACAGCACAGUCGAGCAUCUGACCCGUCUCCGCGAUGCAGGUCACUUUCGCCGCGAAGCAGAUGAUGUGCAUGGCGAGACAACCUUCAGCGGCAACCCACACGCUGUGCGAAUCGCGGCGGCAGCGAGUCCAGAGACGGCCUGGGAGUACCUGAACAGCCGCGGCAAAUGGACCGGCGCGCUCACAGAGGCACUGGUGCGAGUGCUGGAUGAGAGUCGGGCCCAGGAGGUGUCGUGGAGGACAAUCCUCUUCCGAGUGCGCCAUCUAGUCGGCUCCAAGUUCCGCGAGCAGCACCCGCAGGCCGAAGGGCCCGAGACGCGAGCUCUCUUCUCCAUGAACCAUGUCCUGUCCGGCGCGUUGCACCUGAAAUUCAUCAAUGCGCUUGCUGUCCUCGACGGCGGUAGCGUCGUUGGAGUCCGCAAGGGAAACGUAUACUUGAUCCUUCCUUUUGACUCCCAGGCGUCGGUUGGGGAGCAGGCGCCCGAAGCAACGGUGACGGCGGUUGCGGCAUUCAAGGCCAAGGUUGAACUGACGUCCAUGCCAGCUUGGGCCGGUGUAGAACAGGACGGCGCGCUGGCCAUCUUGAAGCACGAAGCUGUUGGCCCAAAGUUGGUUGCGGCUGUGCCUCUGGAUCUGCCCGGUCUCUGCGAGGCAGUGAGCAGGUCGAGAUAUCUUUGCUGUCGUGCGGCGGAUCAAGUUGAGCCCGCUUCACUCGAGUUCCGGCAAACGGCACACUCGAUUGCUCUUCGAAACUCUUGGGGCAUUCAGCUGGGCUCGCGCCCCAUCAACGAAGCCCACGGGGAAGCCGCCGAGUCAUUCAGUGACAUUGUUGCUGUGGCUGAGCAGUUUGCCAGAGCGCAGCGUGUGCUGGACUUGCAGUGUCAACGGGACGCAGAUCGACUAGAGCACAUGGUAGCAAUCGAGAUUGGUGUUGUCGUCAAUGGACAGCCAAACAGACAGUUCCAGAAACAAGGCAACGAUCAUGUCGAGGAACAAGAGCGUAUCUACAUUCACCUGCGCAACGAUGGCAGGGCUACAGUCUACAUCUCCAUCUUCGACAUCAACGUGGCCCGCCGCGUUUCACUGCUCAAUCCAGAUGAACCUUGGGGUAUUGAGCUGCCAGCAGGACGUCCUCGCAUACUCGGAAGUGAUGAUUUCGGAGAACUGGAAGGUCUUGGUGUUUCCUGGCCCGCCCAAGUUCCAAAGCACUCGCCGAUCGAGGAGCGGUUUCUCUUUGUCCUAUCGAGUUCGCCGGUUGAUCUGCGCUAUUUGGCUGAAUCGGUCAACUAUGAUCUCGCCAUAAAGCGUGACACAAGCGCUGCCACCACGGCAGUCUCCAUUCAAUACGACAUUGUGCACAUCCCUUUCACUGUUCGUCCCCUCGGAUUCGUCGGGGAUAUGCCUUAUGACUUUCAACGCCUCCCUCCUCCUCAGUCCGCCAACCCAGCACAUCGUGAGAUGGAACCUGCAAGCGUUGCCGAAGAUAAAUCUGCUAUUUCGGCCCAGGAGCUUCCGGAUCCCCAAUCUGUGUCAGAGGGCAAGAGUCUUCCCGCCUACCCACCGAUUGUCGCUUCAAAGGGAAUCAUUGGCGGGAUCCUCCGGGCAUCUAUCCCGGCCUGCGUCUGGGUAGUCAACGGACACGACGAGGAAAUCACCGUCGUCGUCUCCAAAUAUCGGCCCAAUCGGAUGCUGGCAGGCAUAUCACUCAACGCCUCUGCCACUGGCGGCGGCCUCGACUUCAGCACGACGACCUUUUGUAGUCGAGCGACGAGAAAGACCCUCGCGCCUCGAGAUCAGAGCCCAGCAAGUUCCAGGGCCGUCUUUCCCCUCUGGACACGAAAGGAGGGCUUCGGGGUCAUCACCAUCUUCAGAGGACCGGAAAAGACGCUCUAUAUCGAGAAUGACCACAUCCCUUUGGGCGCAACGGCAUAUUUCAUAAAUACACCAGACCUCAAGUUGGUCCCAUACGGCUCCGACGAACAGGUGGAGUAG